AUGCCCACCAAAUCCUCCUUUCCCGAUGUCGAGAUCCCCAAUCUGGACCUCUGGGCCUUCAUGUUCAACCAGAAGAAAGACUUCCCCGAUGACCAAGUAAUCUACCGCUCCCUCGACUCCCAAAGGCAUUACACGUGGAAGGGCGUGCGCGACGCCGCGACCGCUUUCGGCGAAGGCCUCGUCAACCUCUGGGAUUGGGAAAAGGGCGACAUCCUCGCCAUCUACGCCCCCAACGACAUCGAUUUCGGCCCGCUCGUCUACGGCGUCUUCUUUGCCGGGGGAAUCGUCUCCCCUGCUAACCCAGGCUACUCUCCCGAUGAACUCUCCUUCCAGCUCAAGAAUGCCGGUGCCAAAGCCCUGGCCACCACCAAGGCCUUCCUCCCGGCCGCCAAGAAGGCAGCAGAGCAGAGCGGCAUCCCUAUCGAUCGCAUCAUUUUGAUUGGCGAGGAGCGAGACGACUCGAGUAACACGAAGCACUGGUCCAACAUCCGCAACGUGUCCCGAGCCUCGCGCUACCGGCGGCGGAAACUGGAUGCCGAGAAGGACCUUGCGUUCCUCGUGUACAGCUCUGGUACCACCGGGUUGCCCAAGGGCGUCAUGCUUUCCCAUCGCAAUGUAGUGGCGGAUCUAUGCUUGAUUCGCGGCUCCGUGGGACAUUACUACGACGGCAAGAAGGACAAGAUUCUCGGCGUGCUGCCGUUCUUCCACAUCUACGGCUUGACUGGAUUGGUGCAUCAAUCGCUGCAUCGCGGCCUCGAAAUGGUCGUCAUGCCGGCUUUUGAUAUGAAGACGUUCCUGGAAAGCGUGCAGCGCCACAAGAUCACGUUCAUCUACGUCGCACCUCCCGUUAUUGUGCGCUUAGCUCGGGACAAGAUGGUUGACGGAUACGACUUGUCAACGGUGCGGAUGAUAACCUGUGGCGCGGCGCCACUCACCCAAGAGCUCGUGGACUCCGUGCACAGCCGGUUGAACAUCAAGAUCAACCAGGCCUACGGAUUGAGCGAGACGAGUCCGAUGACGCACACGCAGCCGUGGGACGAGUGGUAUAGCAGCGUGGGCAGCGUGGGCAAGAUGUUCCCCAACAUGACGGCGAAGUACGUGGACGCGGAAGGCAAUGAGUUGCCUUCGAAUCAGCCUGGAGAGCUGUGGUUGGCCGGACCGAAUGUGUUUGGUGGCUAUUGGAAGAACCAAAAAGCCACCGACGAGUCCAUCGUCCACGCCGACGGCCUCCGCUACUUCAAAACCGGCGACGUCGGCUACCAAGACGCCGAGCACAACUUCUUCAUCACCGACCGCGUCAAGGAACUCAUCAAGUACAAAGGCUUCCAAGUCGCCCCGGCCGAACUCGAAGGCAAACUAAUGGACCACCCCGCCAUCAACGACGUCUGCGUCAUCUCCGUUUACGAUAAGAACCAGGAAACCGAGGUCCCCCGCGCUUACGUCGUCGCGGCCGACAAGGGAAAAGCGGGUGAUGACCUCGCAAAGGAGAUUGUCGAUUGGAUGAAUGGCAAGGUGGCGAAUCACAAACGGCUCCGCGGCGGGGUCAAGUUUCUUGAGGAGAUUCCCAAGAGCGCUUCGGGCAAGAUUUUGAGGCGCGUGUUGAAGGAUAAGGUUAAGCAGGAGGAGGGUGGGGAGGGGAAGGCGAAGUUGUAG